UGGUCGUGCAGUUCUGGAGAAAUCGCAGAAUCCUCUGCUCUCUAGGGCUUGUGCCCGGUCACGGGUCAAUGUAUACCGAGUGGGCUGCGUUGCAUAUGACAUGUGUUUUUGAUGAUCAGGUUCUAUGGCUUUUACGUCAAGGCCGAGGUUGGGUGGUGUUGGUAGCGGUGGUAGAUGGGACGAUGCGGCGAGCGGCGUGGAUGGAUGCCUUCCGCUCGGGCAGCAACAUCUAGUGGGAUUGGAGGAUUCU